CUGCCCCAGUUGCUCUCCCUCCCACCUUUCUGAGCCACCAUGGGGCUGCCGCUCGCCCUCCUGGUGGCCGUGGGCCUGGCCCUGAGCUCCCCCGGGGCCGCAGAGCUCCAGAGAGAGGGCAGGACCCGGAACCACGGCCAUAGCGUCUGCAGCACUUGGGGCGACUUCCACUACAAGACCUUCGACGGCGACCUCUUCCGCUUCCCCGGCCUGUGCGACUACAACUUCGCGUCCGACUGCAGGGGUUCCUACAAGGAGUUCACGGUGCACCUGAAGCGGGUCUCUGGCCGCGACGGGGGGCGCCCCGGGCUCGAGUACAUCCUGCUGACCAUCAAGGAUGACACCAUCUACCUCACCCGCCAGCUGGUUGUAGUGAACGGGGCCAUGGUCAGCAUGCCGCACUACAGCUCCGGGCUGCUCAUCGAGAAGAAUGACGCCUACACCAAGGUCUACUCCCGUGCAGGACUCACCCUCAUGUGGAACCGCGAGGACUCACUCAUGCUGGAGCUGGACAGCAAGUUCCGGAACCACACGUGCGGCCUCUGCGGGGACUACAACGGCCUGCAGACCUACUCCGAGUUCCUGUCCGACGGCGUGCUCUUCAGUGCCAUUGAGUUUGGGAACCUGCAGAAGGUCCAUAAGCCCGAGGUGGUGUGUGACGACCCUGAGGAGGGGCCGGCCCCAGAGUCCUGCUCCGAGCACCGCGCCGAGUGCGAGGAGCUGCUGGCGGCCUCGGCCUUCGAGGACUGCGAGGGGCUGGUGCCGCGGCUGCCGUUCGUGCAGGCCUGUGUGCAGGACCGCUGCCGCUGCCCGCACGGCCCCUCCUGCGCCUGCAGCACCCUGGCCGAGUUCUCCCGCCAGUGCUCCCACGCCGGCGGCCGGCCUGGCAACUGGAGGACCGCCGAGUUCUGCCCCAAGAGCUGCCCCGGGAACAUGGUUUACCUGGAGAGCGGCUUGCCCUGCGUGGACACCUGCUCCCACCUGGAGAGCAGCCGCCUGUGCGAGGAGCACCGCAUGGACGGCUGUUUCUGCCCGGAAGGCACCGUGUACGAUGACAUUGCAGGCAGUGGCUGCAUCCCUGUGAGCCGCUGCCACUGCAGACUCCACGGGCACCUGUACUCGCCUGGCCAGCAGCUCAGCAGUGACUGCGAGGAGUGCGUCUGCACCGCCGGCCGCUGGGUGUGCAAAGACUUGCCGUGUCCAGGCACCUGUGCCCUGGAGGGCGGCUCCCACAUCACCACCUUCGACGGGAAGAGGUACACCUUCCACGGGGACUGCUACUACGUGCUGAUCAAGGGCGACCACGACUCCUACGCCCUCCUGGGUGAGCUGGCCCCCUGCGGCUCCACGGACAAGCAGACCUGCCUGAAGACGGUGGUUUUGUUGGCGGACAACAGGAAGAACGUCGUGGCCUUCCAGUCGGACGGCGGCGUGCUGCUGAACGAGCGGCCGGUGAACCUGCCCCAUGUGACCACCAGCCUCUCUGUCUUCCGGCCGUCCUCCCGCCACCUCAUGGUGAGCACCGCUGUGGGUCUCAGGCUGCAGGUGCAGCUGGAGCCCGUCAUGCAGCUCUUCGUGACGCUGGACCGGGCCGCGCAGGGGCGUGUGCAGGGCCUCUGCGGGAACUUCAACGGCCUGGAAGGGGACGACUUUAGGACGGCCGGCGGGCUGGUGGAGGCCACGGGGGCUGGCUUUGCCAACACCUGGAAGGCCCAGUGGAACUGCCAUGACAAGCUGGACUGGCUCGACGACCCCUGCUCCCUCAACAUCGAGAGCGCCAACUACGCUGAGCACUGGUGCUCCCUGCUGAAGAAGACGGAGACCCCCUUUGGCAGAUGCCACUCGGCCGUGGACCCCUCAGACUAUUACAAGAGGUGCAAAUAUGACGCGUGUAACUGCCAGAACAGCGAGGGCUGCAUGUGUGCCGCUCUGUCCUCCUAUGCCCGCGCCUGUGCCGCCAAGGGUGUUCUGCUGUGGGGCUGGCGGGAGCAAGUCUGCAACGAGGACGUGGGCUCUUGCCCCAACUCCCAGGUGUUCUUGUACAACCUGACCACCUGCCAGCCCACUUGCCGCUCGCUCUCCGAGGCCGACGCGCACUGCCCACAGGGCUUCGCACCCGUGGAUGGCUGCGGCUGCCCCGACGACACCUUCCUGGACGAGAAGGGCCGCUGUGUGCCCCUGGCCAAGUGCUCCUGCUACCACCAUGGCCUCUACCUGGAGGCCGGGGAGGUGGUGCUGAGGCAGGAGGAGCGCUGCGUGUGCCAGAACGGGAGACUGCACUGCAGGCAGGUCAGGCUGCUCGGCCAGAGCUGCUCGGCCCCAAAGAUCUACGUGGACUGCAGCAACCUGACAGCCCUGACCGUCCAGAGCUCGCGGCCCACCAGCUGCCAGACUCGGGCUGCCGGCCACUAUCGGACGGAGUGUGUCAGCGGCUGUGUCUGCCCAGACGGGCUGUUGGAUGAUGGCCGUGGCGGCUGCGUCAAGGAGGACGAGUGCCCGUGUGUGCACAACAAGGACCUGUACUCCCCCGGGGACAAGAUCAAGGUGGACUGCAAUACCUGCACCUGCCAGCAAGGGCGCUGGGCGUGCACCGAGUCCGUGUGCCACGGCUCCUGCUCCAUCUACGGGAGUGGCCACUACGUCACCUUCGACGGGAAGUACUACGACUUCAACGGGCACUGCUCCUACGUGGCGGCUCAGGACUACUGCGGCCAGAACUCUUCCUCGGGCUCCUUCAGCAUCAUGACUGAGAAUGUCCCCUGUGGCACCACGGGUGUCACCUGCUCCAAGGCCAUCAAAAUCUUCUUGGGGAGGACGGAGCUGAAACUGGAGGACAAGCACUGCCUGGUGAUUCAGCGGGACACGGGCCACCACGUGGCCUAUACCACGAGGGAGGUAGGCCAGUACCUGGUGGUGGAGGCCAGCAUCGGCGUCAUCGUCAUCUGGGAUAAGAAGACCACCAUCUUCAUCAAGCUGGCCCCGUCCUACAAGGGCCGGGUCUGCGGGCUGUGCGGGAACUUUGACCAGCGCUCCAGCAACGACUUCACCACGAGAGACCACAUGGUGGUGGACAGCGAGAUGGACUUUGGGAACAGCUGGAAGGAGGCCCCCACCUGUCCGGACGUGAGCGUCACCCCGGAUCCCUGCACCCAGAACCCGCGCCGCCUCUCCUGGGCCAAGAAGCAAUGCAGCAUCAUCAAGAGCCCUGUCUUCAGUGUCUGUCACAGCAAGGUGGACUCUAAGCCCUUCUACGAGGCCUGUGUCCACGACUCCUGCUCCUGUGACGUGGGUGGGGACUGUGAGUGCUUCUGCUCAGCCGUGGCCUCCUACGCUCAGGAGUGUACUAAGGAGGAAGCCUGCGUGUUCUGGAGGACGCCGGACCUGUGCCCCAUAUUCUGUGACUACUACAACCCCCCAGACAAGUGUGAGUGGCACUAUGAGCCCUGUGGGAACCGCAGCUUCGAGACCUGCAGGACCGUCAACGGCAUCCACUCCAACAUCUCCGUGUCCUACCUGGAGGGCUGCUAUCCCCGGUGCCCGGAGGACAGGCCCAUCUACGACGAGGACCUGAAGCAGUGCGUCACGGCGGACCAAUGUGGCUGCUAUGUCGGGGACACACGCUACCCACCUGGAGCACCUGUUCCCAGCGAGGAGGACUGCCAGUCUUGCGUGUGUACCAACGCCUCGAAAGUCGUCUGCCAGCCAGAAGAAGGGAAGAUUCUCAACUACACCCAGGAUGGCUUCUUCUGCUACUGGGAGAUCUGUGGCCCCAACGGGACGGUGGAGAGACACUUCAACAUCUGUGUAUCCACCACCUCCCGGCCGCCUUCCACCACGAUCCCAGUCACCUCCAGCAGCCCCCUCACCACCACCACCACCCCGACUCCCACCCCCUCCCUGACCCCCAGUACAGGUCUGCCCUCCACCCCAGAAACUCCAGGGCCAUGCUGUUUCUGGUCCGACUGGAUCAAUGAGAACCACCCCAGCACGCACAGCAGCGGUGGCGACCGGGAGACCUUUGACGGCGUCUGUAGGGCCCCUGAGGACAUCGAGUGCAGGCUGGCUGUGGAGCCUCACCUCAGCUGGGAGCAGGCGGGCCAGAAGGCGCAGUGCAAUGUCACCUUCGGGUUCGUUUGCUACAAUGAAGACCAGUUUGGAAAUGGGCCAUUUGAGGUCUGUUACGACUAUGAGAUUCGCGUCAGUUGCUGUGUGCCGAUGGAUGAGUGUCCCCCAUCCACGACCACGGCCCCCACGACUACUCCCACCACCACCACCACCACCACUACCUCCACACCUACGCCAGAACCCCCGACUACCACCACCACUACCACCACAACCACGCUGACCACCACGCCCACCCCCACGCCCACCACCACGCCGCCCACCACGCCCACCACCAUGCCAACCACCAGCACCACAAGCACAGAGCCGCCGACCACCAGCACCAGCACGCUUACCCCUCCGUGUGUGCCUCAGUGCAUAUGGACAGGCUGGGUGGAUUCCGGUAAACCGAACCCUUCUAGACCAGGUGGAGAUAUUGAAUCGAUUCAGGGCCUCUGUAAUGAAGGCUGGGCAGCCAACAUCUCCUGCAGAGCUGUGAUGUUUCCCGACAUUCCCAUCGAAGAACUUGGGCAAAAGUUGGUAUGCAACACCUCUGUUGGGCUGGUGUGCAGAAAUGAAGACCAGGAGCCGGGGGGCAUCACACCGCCCAUCUGCUUCAACUAUGAGAUCAAUGUCCAAUGCUGUGGAUUGAUAAAUUACUGUAUUUCCACGCUGCCUCCUGCCAGCACCUCGAUCUUGAACCCCACAAUGACUAUGACUACAACCAUGGGUACCACCACCACCACCACAGGCACCCCGACGCCGACCCCUACCACGAGCAAGGGCACACCAACCACCACUCCCAUUAUCACCACCACCACGGGCACCCUGACUUCGACCCCCACCAUCAGCACCACCACAGGCACCAAGACCACAACACCCACCCUGACCACUACCACAACCACCACGGUGACCCUGACUUCAACCCCCACCAUCAGCACCACCACGGGCACCGAGACCACAACGCCCACCCCGACCACAACCACGACCACCACCACAGUGACCCCGACUUCGACCCCCACCAUCGGCACCACGGGCACCGAGACCACAACGCCCACCCCGACCACCACCACCACCACCACCACAGUGACCCCGACUUCAACCCCCGGCAUCAGCACCACCAUGGGCACCGAGACCACAACGCCCACCCCGACCACCACCACAACCACCAUGGUGACCCCAACCUCAACACCCACCAUCAGCACCACCACGGGCACCAAGACUACAACGCCCACCCCCACCACGACCACCACAGUGACCCCGACUUCAACCUCCACCAUCGGCACCACCACAGGCACGAAGACCACAACACCCACUCCGACCACCACCACCACCACCACCACAACCACAACACCCACCCCGACCACCACCACCACCACCACCACAGUGACCCCGACUACGACCCCCACCAUCAGCACCACCACGGGCACCGAGACCACAACGCCCACCCUGACCACCACCACGACCACCACGGUCUCCAUUCCUCCAGGCCCGCAGACCUCUGGCCCCACCUCCUUGAAGACCACGCCUACCAGCGAGACCACCACCGGGCCCCCCUCGCCCACCCCGGGAACCCCCUCCACACCCACUCGUACGACUGCGUCCACGACCACCACAGGAACCCCCAGGCCGCCCACGUCUUCCAGGCCCCCAACCGCCAGCACCACGACCUCCUAUGUGCCCACCCCCACCCUGACUCCGAUCUCCACCCCCAACGUCGGCGUGAGCACGAGCACGAGCAUGGUCAGGUCCUCCACUCAGGUCGGCUGCUGCGUUUUGAACGAAACAUACUUCGCACCAGGCGAGAUGGUGUACAAUGGCACGCACGGGGAUACCUGCUACUAUGCGAACUGCUCGGUGUCCUGCACCAUUGAGAUCUUCAACUGGUCAUGCCCGUCCACGCCCUCCCCGGCACCCACCCCUUCCAAGCCGACACCCACCUCAACACCCAAACCACCCACGCCCACGGCAUCGAGCACAGUGGCCACCACCAAGCCCCCUGGGUGCCCGGACUUUGAUCCUCCCAGACAGGAGAAUGAGAAGUGGUGGCUGUGUAACUGCACCAUGGCGAUCUGCAAGUACAACAACACCGUAGAGCUCGUGAAGGUGGAGUGCGAGGUCCCGCCCAAGCCCACCUGUGCCAACGGGCUCCAGCCCACGCUCGUCUACAGCCCCGACGAGUGCUGCCCGCACUGGGAGUGCGACUGCUACUGCACGGGCUGGGGGGACCCGCACUAUGUCACGUUCGACGGGCUGUACUACAGCUACCAAGGGAACUGCACGUAUGUGCUCGUGGAGGAGGUGACCCCCACGCUCGGCAACUUCGGCGUCUACAUCGACAACUACCACUGUGACGUCAACGACCGGGUGUCCUGCCCCCGCACACUCGUGGUGCGCUACCAGUCCCAGGAGGUUCUCAUCAAGACCCUGCAGAUGAGGCCCAUCAAGGUCCAGGUGCAGGUCAACAGGCAAGUCGUGGCCCUGCCCUACAUGAAGAACGAGCUGCACGUGUACCAGUUGGGCAUCAACUACGUGGUGGAGAUCUCCAAGCUGGGCGCCCUCAUCACCUACAACGGACUUUCCUUCUCCAUCACGCUGCCCCACCGCCUGUUUGGCAACAACACCAAGGGCCAGUGCGGCACGUGCACCAAUGACACGGCAGACGACUGCACGCUGCCCAGCGGGGAGAUCGUGUCCGAUUGCGGAUUGGCGGCUGACCAGUGGGUGGUGAAUGACCCCUCCAAGCCACACUGUCCUCACACCAGCGUCACCACCAAGCGUCCGGCCAUCACGCCACCAGGGGCCAGCACCACCUCCCGCAAGGACUGUGCCUCUCCUCUCUGCGAGCUCAUCAGAGACAGCUUGUUUGCCCCGUGCCACGCCGUGGUGCCCCCCAAGCAUUACUACGAGGCCUGCGUGUUCGACAGCUGCUUUGUGCCCGGUUCAGGCCUGGAGUGUGCCAGCCUGCAGGCCUACGCCGCCCUCUGUGCCCAGGCCAACAUCUGUGUCGACUGGAGGAACCACACCCACGGGGUCUGCUUGAUGACGUGCCCGCCUCACAGGGAGUACCGGGCCUGCCGCCCUGCAGAUGAGCCCUCCUGCGAGUCUAGUGCAGCUGCUCUAAGGCCCAUAGCGCAGAAGAAUGCCCGCCUGGUGGAAGGCUGCUUCUGUCCUGAGGGCACCAUGAACUACGCCCCGGGGUUCGACGUCUGUGUGGAGAUGUGUGGCUGUGUGGGACCUGACAACGUGCCCAGAAAGUUCGGAGAGCACUUUGAGUUCGACUGCAAGGAUUGUGUGUGCCUGGAGGGCGGCCGCGGCAUCAUCUGCGAGCCCAAGGAGUGCCACCAGGAGCCGGUCACGUGCACGGAGGACGGCACCUACCCGCUCACCGAGGUCAACCCCGCCGACACCUGCUGUAACAUCACGUCCUGCAAGUGCAACACCAGCUUGUGCCAGGGGAAGCCGCCCAAGUGCCCGCUGGGCUUUGACGUGAGCAGCGAGACCAGACCCGGGAAGUGCUGCCCGUCCUACUCUUGUGUGCCCAAGGGGGUGUGUGUUCACGGGAAUGCUGAGUACCAGCCGGGGUCUCCAGUGUACUCCUCCAAGUGCGAGGACUGUGUCUGCACCAACCGCACGGACGGCGGCACAAAGCUCAAUGUCAUCUCCUGCACCCACGUGCCCUGCGACGACAACUGCAGCCCCGGCUUCGAGCUGGUGGACGUGCCCGGGCAGUGCUGCGGCAAGUGUCAGCAGACCCACUGCAUCGUCAAGAGACCCGGCACGGAGACCAUCAUCCUGAAGCCCGGGGACAUACGUCACGACCCCACCAACAACUGCACCUUCUUCAGCUGCGUGAACGUCCACAACCAGCUCAUCUCCUCCGUGUCCAACAUCACCUGCCCUGACUUCGACCCCAGCAUCUGCCUCCCAGGCUCCAUCGUGUUCAUGCCGAAUGGAUGCUGUAGGAAAUGCAUCCCUCGGAAUGAGACCAGGAUCUUCUGUUCCACCGUCCCCGUGACCAAGGAAAUUUCUCACUCCGGCUGCACCAAGAAAGUCGUGAUGAACUCCUGCUCUGGGUCCUGCGAGACCUCCGUCAAGUACUCGGCCGAGGCCCAGGCCCUGGACCACCAGUGCUCCUGCUGCAAGGAGGGGCGCACCAGCCAGCGGGAGGUAGAGCUGAGCUGCCCGGACGGCAGCUCGCGGAAGCACAGCUACACCCACAUCGAGAGCUGCUCCUGCCAGGACACCGUGUGCGGGCUCCCGCGGGCUCAGCGCAGGGCCCCCGGCCGCGAGCGGCGCGCCAGCCCCCGGGGCCUGCACCCGGGGAGGGACUGAGUGCGGUCCCGCCGCCAGGACCACCCCCCGCCAUCCACCCGCUGCCCUCCCGCUGGCCUCUGAGCUCCCUCACCAAGCGGCCUCCUCUUGGCCGAUAUUUAUUUUCUGAGUCUUUGUUUGAUUCUUCGCUUUCCCAAAUAAACUCGGGCAGACGCUG